GUCCACAUCCUCUUUAUAAACCAACAGAUAUUGUUUAGAUUUCUUUGUGUAAAUUAUAACUUCUUUCUAUAUCUUGUGAGUGAGAGAGAGAGAGAAUGGUUUCUAAGGUUCACAAGAGAACAGCCAUGUACAGAAACUUACAACUGCUACGUUCCAUCACAUACUCCACUUCCCAAAGGAAAACUUCGGUGAUAUUGGAAGCAACGGAAUAUAUACAAGAUUUGAAGCAAAAACUGGAAGAGUUGAACCUGUUUGCAGUUGCAACAGCACAGAAAGUUAUUGAAUAUGAUCCAAUGCCUAAGCUUAAGGUUGAGGAACAGGAAGAGGGGUUUGUGAUCAAGGUGCUGAGUGAAAGGAGUUGCAAGGGAUUGCUAGUGUUCAUCUUGGAGGCCUUUGAAGAACUUGGUCUUGAAGUUUUGCAGGCUAGGGUUUCUUGUGUUGAUAACUUCUGUCUAGAAGCUGUUGGGAACAAACAGGAGAACAAUGAAGAUUCUCGAACUAUGAAUGUACAAUUAGUUGAACAAGUAGUAUGUCAAGCUAUUCAAAACUGGAGGGAAGUUGCACAAGAUUAAUGAUCCAACAACAGCUCUUGUAUCUGAUCAGAAAAUCUAUGGUUAUGAAUGCUUUAAUUCUCCUACUUUACAUGGGUGGAAAAGUUUGUAUCUCUCAUGAAUAUGGUGAAUUUCAAUUUUUUUUAAUGAAUA